UCGAGCUCUCACUGUCCCCAGGAGGUGAACUUGAGUGUGAGAGGGCAAACUGAGGCUAAGGCGAUAAAGAUUUGUCCUCCAAUAAACCUGGUGAUAAGAACAAGAAGCAGUCAUUUAAAUACGUAUUCAGGGUUUAAUGUCGUCUAGGUUGUUAAUCCAGCUACAACACCACAAAGACUUUGCCUGAGAUGUAUGAAGCAAACAUUUGUUCUUGUGCUUUUUGUUUUACAGCACAAGCAGAAUUUGUUUAAAAUAUAAAUCUGUCUGUGAGGAGCUGAUAAGAGCAGAUAUGACAUUAUAGAGCAUGUUCCCAUAUUUACAAUGAGCACGCCUUGAAUUAACAGCUCCCGAGGGAAACUGGAAACCUUGACAUGAGUGGAUUCUGACUAACGGUGUUCUUAGAAGUUUAGGCUAUUGCAAUGCAGCCUCUCGCUCCUCCCACCUGAUGACCAUGUGAUGCAGGUCAAACACAGGCUGACAGGAGAGAGAGAGAGGACAACCCCAUUGUCCUCACCUUACAGAGAGAGGACGAGAAGAAGAAGAAGAAGAAGAAGAAGAAGUCAGAGAACAGGGGAAGGUAUUUUAUUUUGAACUGCUUCUGAAGUCAUUAACGGUGAUAAAUCCCUGGAAAUGUGGAACAGAGGAGAUGCAGAGAAGAACUCCUGCGUGGAUCAACUAAGGGAUUCUCAGCCAUGCAAAAAAUUAUCCCAUUCCAUCGAAGCGAUACUGAGGAGGCCCACGUGUGUCCGAAAGGAGAAGAGAGUUCACCGGAGCUGGUCCGUCAUCAAGGAGAACACCAGGGAAUCGACACAGCACUCGUGUACAGAACCUCCACAAACCCGACUACUUGAGGAGUCUCCAAAGGCCACGUCAGACUGCAUCGGCCAGAGGAAGAAAAGGCAAACCAGGGUCACGUUCACACCGUACCAGGUGAAGGAGCUGGAGAAGGUUUUCCAGCAGACCCACUACCCAGACGUCAACACCAGAGAGCAGCUGGCCUCGGGUCUGCACCUCACCGAGGGCCGGAUACAGAUUUGGUUCCAGAACCGCAGAGCCAAAUGGAGGAAGGCCGAAACCCUGAAGGACCUGGAGCUGAUCUCCAGGCAGCACGUCCAGUUCGCCAGUCACGAGCUGCAGUAUUAUGAGAAGCCUCAGCUGCAGCCGGUGUGCUGGCUGCCGUGUUGCCUCCUGAAACCUCCUCACCCCCGGCUGCUCCCCAGAACGACAUUAACACCGUCAAUGCACGUGCUGACCAACACACAUUCCCCAGAUUACAGGACUCUCUAUUUUGAUCUGCUGGGGACAGAAAGAUAGCACAGUCACUAUUUUUACGCUGAUGACACUAUUCUGGUUCCUUGAUUACUCGUGGUACAAAGAUCGCACUGACUUUCUAAUAAUAUGCAAAAUGACUUUUUACGUUUACUCAAUGGUUUGGUGUCUAAAAUGUGUUGUCCACCUGAUCUACAGUUUGCAUGUUUUGCAUUUUGUUCAUUUACUGUUCAUAUACUAUGACUAUUCUCUGUCUGUCGCCCUUUCACGUCUAACUCUGUCCUACCAAAUAAAAGCCUAAAAAGCCCAA